AUGGGACACCGGGAUGGGACACCGGGACAGCCCCAUCAGUGGCCGCGGGUGCUGAGCCGGGCUGUGCCCCACACGGGGCUGAGACCCCCGGGGGCUCCUGGUGCCCACCCGCCGCCAGCCCAGCACGGCACGGAGAAGGGCCGCAAGGCCGAGUGCCACGCGAUGCCCACCGCCUGCCGCCCCUCCAGCAAAGCCCCACUGCUGGCGUCGCCCCCCCCGGGCAGCCCCCCGCUGCUCGAGCCCCCUCUGCUGGGCAGGAGUAAGAGCAAGAAGAGGAGGAACAGGACGACCUUCAGCACCUUCCAGCUGGAGGAGCUGGAGAAGGUCUUCCAGAAGACACAUUACCCCGACGUGUACGCCCGGGAGCAGCUGGCACUGCGCACCGAGCUGAGCGAGGCCAGGGUGCAGGUUUGGUUCCAGAACCGAAGGGCCAAGUGGAGGAAACGGGAGCGCUACGGGAAAAUCCAGGAGGUGAGAACCCCCCCACUGCCCCCACAGCACCACACUCCACCCCAGCUGCAGAACAACCUGUGGCCGAGCUCUGGCAGCCCUGCAGGGCCCUCCCUCGUGCCCCCCGACAGCGCCCCAUCGCCGCGCGUGUCUCCGUACCCCCACGCUCACAGCAACAUCGCCGGCUUCGUGGGCAUCCCCGCCUCUCCCGGCCACCCCCCCGGCAUCAACAGCCUCUACUCCCUGCACAGCCUCACCCCCCCGAGCCUCGCUGCCCCCCACUUUGAGCCACCACCGUCAGAGAAUGACUACAAACAGCCCACCCUGGUGACGCUGAGGAUGACAGCCAAGGAGCCGGGCAGCCUGCUGGGCUGGGCCACGUAA